AUGGGAUUGUCACGGCCUCCCAUUGAGCUCAAGGCUCUUGGGGCCGCCGGCGCAAAGAACCUCGCGCCUAGCGAAAUACGCGCCUCUGCUCGAAAGCUUGCCUCUGAUACGGUACUGAAACAGAUGGCGGCCUUUAGAUCCUAUGCCGUCAUGAGCGACUGGGACCGCAGGUGGACGACGAUGGACCCCGACUUUGAAAUCCAGCAGCUCCGUCUCUUCCAGCGACUCGUUCGCCAAGGGUUGAUCUACCGAAAACAUAAGCCCGUUUACUGGUCGCCAUCUUCUGGGACUGCAUUGGCGGAGGCGGAACUGGAAUACAAUGAAAACCACGUCUCGUGGUCCGCCUAUGUAAAGUUUCCUAUCGUGGGAGACUGGGCGUCUGUGCUGGGGAUGGCUGAUUUCCCCGGGCGCCUCUAUGCUGUUGUUUGGACGACAACUCCUUGGACAUUACCCUCCAACCGGGCGAUUGCCGUCCAUGAUGAUCUUGAGUACUCUAUUGUGGAGCAUGGUCAGGAUGCGCUUAUCAUCGCGAAUAGCCGACUAGAGGCUGUGCAGUCUUGGUCUGGCGGGCCUCUCCGCGUUUUGGCCUCUUCGGUCAAAGGCUCUAUAAUCAGGAAACUUCAUUAUUCCAAUCGCCUCCGAGGUCGCGCUGCCAAGCCGUCCCCCAUAUUGCAUGCGGACUUCGUGUCUGCUACUUCCGGUACUGGGCUGGUUCAUAUGGCCCCCGCUCACGGCUUCGACGACUAUGAGGCCUGUUCUGCCUUAAACCUUGAUGUCUCCGCGCCUAUUACCAAUGACGGAUAUUUCACAGCAGAGGCCUAUCCCGAUGACCCUGAGCGACUGACAUCUGCCCCUUCAAUUCUGGACGGUGGAGGCAAAGUGGUCCUGGAGAUCCUUGGGGAUGAUGUCCUUCACGUCCAUAAGUACACUCACAAAUACCCCUAUGACUGGAGGACAAAGAAGCCGGUUGUAAUCCGAGCUACCGCACAGUGGUUCGCCGACGUUGGCAGCAUCAAGGGUGAAGCCCUUUCCGCUUUGGAAAAGGUCAAAUUCAUUCCUGCGACAGGGAGAACGCGGCUCGAGAGCUUCGUCCAGGGCCGAAGCGAAUGGUGCAUCUCGAGGCAGCGCUCCUGGGGUGUGCCCAUCCCUGUUCUCUAUGAUCAUGAAGGAGAAGCCAUUUGUACUGACGAGGUUAUCGAACACAUCAUCUCAACUAUUAGAGUGCGAGGCAUCGAUGCUUGGUUUUCUGACAGCCCUGACGAGCCUGCAUGGGUAGCGCCUGGUCUCAAGGGUGAAUAUCGACGAGGCGCAGAUACUAUGGACGUCUGGUUCGACAGCGGUAGUAGCUGGAGUCAGACCGAGGGUCAGGCCGACGUCUAUCUAGAGGGCUCCGACCAGCACCGCGGUUGGUUCCAGUCCAGUCUCUUGACUUGGAUCGCCGCCUCCCGAGACCAGAACCUUUCUCUUACACGGAGCACCGCACCCUUUAAAACCUUGGUGACCCAUGGAUUUACGCUUGACGCUGAGGGCAAGAAGAUGUCCAAAUCUGUCGGAAACAUGAUUCUCCCAGUCCAGGUAAUGAACGGAACCCUGCUACCUCCUAUCAAGGUCAAAGGUAAAGCAGGCAAGAACCUACCGCCUACUUUCAACGCACUCGGACCGGAUAUGCUUCGACUAUGGACCGCAAGCUCCGAGUACACCAAGGAUGUCGCCAUUGGGGAGUCUGUGCUAAAGACCAUCCAGGUUGCACUUUUGAAAUACCGCACCAUUAUGAAGAUGUUACUUGGUUCCAUGCACGAGUCUGCGCGUCAUGGCCCUUUAACCACAGUGGACCAUAUCGCUCUAGUGCACCUCAAGGACGUGAUGAGCGAAGUUUCCACUGCAUACGAUAACCAUGAAUUUUACAAGGCCUUCUCGACGCUCAAUCACUGGGUUUCGACGGAUUUGUCUGCUUUCUACCUAGAAGCUCUCAAGGAUAGGUUGUACUGUGGAGACGGUGGUGGCGUCCUUGAGCCGCUUUUCUUUGGAUUCUCGAGAAUGCUAUCACCCAUGGCGCCGAUGCUCGUGGAAGAGGCGUGGGAUAACCGACCCGAGUGGAUGAAGAUUGACCAAUCACUCGUACACCCUCUCCAACAGCUCUACGAUGCGCCCCUCUUCCCUAGCCACAGGCUCAUCACUUCAGAGUUCUGUCGUUAUUUCCGUGCCCGAAGGGAUGUAGCCGCAGCACUUAGAAGGCACGUGGGUGAACUUGACAGCAUCUUUGUCGUCUCUUCAGUUGGCAUCAAUGUUGCCGUCCCUGAGACCACCUGGGUAUACGAAGAGACAUUUGAGGUCAAUGGGGUGCAAGGCAAGGUCCAUAUUCUCCCACCCAGACAGCACAAGUGCGAAAGGUGCUGGCGAUAUCUCGCUGAACAGGAGGACAGCCUGUGUCCAAGUGAACGCGACGAGAAGUACGACGAACGAGCCGAGGAGCACGAACCAUGCACUGUUGCGGAAUCGAAUACCGCAGAGGAGAAUGCUCCCCAGCGAAAAAGAAAUUCGAGGAGACUUUUGCAGAGCAUCAGGCCGAAAUCCUCGAGGGCACAGGAGAAGAGCAACUCUGCUACAAGUCGCGAUGGUCUCGGGAUCACGGCAGAUCAGGACGGGAGGGAAGGAUCGACCGCCUCACCACAAAAGUCUGAGUUGAAUGUUAAGAAGACUAGAGAUGCAUCGCGCGAGGCUCCUGCGCCCGAGGAGCUGGAUAGACCAGAUCGGUCCUCGCUCGAUGCCGAAUCGGCGCAGAUUGUAGAUAUGGCCUUGCGAGUUAGUCAGUCGAGGAGGCUGGCGUCACAGCGGCUGGUAUCACAACAGCUCCCGCCGCGACUUAGCCCGCUCCCCGACACCUCUGGUGUGAGCAGUCUUCGGCAGCACUUGCUCCAACAGAGGAAGAUGUCGAGAACGGGUUCCCCACGGCCCGAUCGAGUGACACCUCGAAAUGCCUCCGGCUUGCGCCACGCAUUUGAAUCAUUCGAUGUCACCGCAACAGACGGAGGAUAUCGCUAUCACGUUUCUCAGUCUACUCUUGCCCGGGUCCAAAAGGCCAAGGAGUAUAUCGAACUCAUGGCGCAAUAUCGACGGCUACUGGAACAUGUCCCUCCGUUGAGGGCUAAUGGUUCUCACCCACCUCCAACGGCAACAUCAAUGCGGUCUUCGCCUCGAUCGUCGGCUUACAAUACACUGGGCCGACAAUAUAAUCCCCUUCAGUACAUUCGCAACCGCAAAGUUAGGGCCCGGGAACGGCAGGCGAUCGAUGGUGAGGCACAAGGGUUUAAAGAUGUCGCCCAAGUUACGAGCUGGAUAGAUGAGAUCGAUCUCACGUCACACACAAGCCUCGAACCCUCAGUCGCCUCCGAGAUUACCCCGCCGCUUCCCGUCUAUCACCAAGCAGAGAUGGCCUCCGCAGAUGUGUUUACAGCGUCAACAAGUUCGAAUGCCUCGGCGAAGCCUAACAGACCUCGCGUCGAUUGGAUCGUCGAGCCUGCAGAUAUGAUUGCCGAUGUGUAUUGGUUGGAGCAAGGUAGCAACAAGCUUUUGAUUGAAGACCGGCAGUGGAGCCGGCUCUAUCCCCGAGGUUCCGAUCUUGAGGUAUCUCUGCGGCACAUGUCCUCACCCCAGAAUGGCCCCGCGGCUACAGUAGAGGCUGAGCCCUCCCUGAUCAUCCUCGGGACCGGUCCCGUCUACGUCCCAGGGAAUUCGUUUAACAACGCCACGAGCGACCGGGAGGAGAAUUCUGGUGCGCGGGUGCAGGAGCCUCACUCAUCCCUCCGCAAUCGUCGCCCACGGCGCCCUCGCUUAGACGUGCCAUCCGGCGGCGACCGGCCGUCGUUGGAGGUAGAACGUACUGCGCCAAACUCGCCGGAGGCAGUUCCUUCCCGAGAUAGCUACCUCGACAUAUCGCCUAUGCCUAGCCGCGGAGGCUCGCCCACGCGCAAUCCAUUUUCCAAAGUCAAGCAAAUCUUCAAGGAUCCAGCAAAGGAGAGAUACUCGAUCAAUAUUGACGAAAAGUUCCGCGAGAUUGACGUGGACGCCGAUCUUUCUCGGUGGACAUCGGAUCCCUUCAACGCCCCAUCCGAGAAGCGAAGCACUUCUCUCGAGAGACAAUUAUCGACUAGCUCGAAUGGCCGACCCGCUGCCGGUAGAAUCCCACCAGAUGCUGGCCUCGGCCACCGCCGCCUACCUAGCGUCAAAGUCAAGGGAGAUGAGGGUGCAGGAAUCCGGGGUCUUCUCCGUGGGCCAGGCGCGCGGAUUGAUACGGUUCUACGAACUGGAGUGUCAAAGUUAGGCGACAUCAUCUGGAAGAAGGAGCUUGAUCUGCCCGAGGCCGUUUUGUCUGAAGAAAGCUCGUCGUCAGACUCGGAAGGCGAAACAAGAGGCCGUAAGGGCACAUGGCCUCGUGGUAGCCAUGACGAGUCCGUCGAUGUGGCUAGGUCGUACCUUAACCAGAUGCCCGAAUUCCAUCAUACUGGGCGGCCAUCUGAUGCCACCCGAACUAAGACUAGCGAUCCGGUCAAUGAUAUGCGAGGGUCAAGACGCUUGAGCUUCCAGUCUGGAGGUUUUAGUGACGCCACAACGCAACAGGCCAGCCAGAACAACAAAAGCCACCUUUCCCCGGACGAACAGUCGGACUUAUCCGACGGGCCAGGGACGGGACAGAGAGCUAGAGCUCAAGCUAAGCGCUUAACAGCAAUGUUGGCCGUCCCACCCUCGUUUAGCACUUCGCGGCACUAUUCAUCCAUACGUGAGAUUGCUCGCCUUCGGGCUUUGCUCCUCAGCUCCGGUGUCAUGGCUAUGGAAAUUGCACGCCGGGCGAAUCAUGCGCGCCCUCUUCCUUUAGAGAAGAAGGCAAAACUCAAUGCGGAUGGAUCGGAGGAUGAGGGCGACGUGGUGGGUAUAAAUUGGCGCGACAUCUCCGACCUUGCCGAGGAUAAGGCGGCGCUGGCCUCGCAGGUGGUGGCGCCCGCCGACAUGUUCACGUGUGCCGGUACCGUCCUCAAUGACUCGAUCCAGGCUUCCACAGACCGAUGGCAGACCUCGGCCGAUAAGUUUACCAAUGAAACAAGCGCCGGUCUGCACGCUGACCUCGAGGCCCUCCGCGUCAGGCUAGGGGCGGACCUCUUAUCCAUGGCUCGCGCGGCGGCAGAUGACGCGGACGAGACCAACCGAGCGGUGACACAGACGCAACGUUUCCAAGUCAAACAGGUGGUCGACGUCAUCGAAAGAUGCUCCGCAGGAGACGGCGGCGCUUCCGAUGGGUUCGAAGAGGCCUUUGGCUAG